UUUUCUUAAAAUUUUAUUCAAAAAUCAUAAUUAUUAGUGUAAACUAUAAACUGUAAAGUGUACCAUACAAAUUAGAAAUAGAAUUUGAAUUCGUGAAGUAAUAAGUAUUAUAUAUCGAUUGUCACUUAAUUUAUAAACUGCGUUUUGUAUAGCUUAUAGGUAUUCAUUUACAAUGGAAUCUUGGAAAGCGCUGAAUAUUCGAACAGAAAUCUUGAAUGCCAUCAAGUUAAAACAUUUUACUAAACCUACAAAAAUUCAAUUGGAAUCAAUUCCUCCAGCAAUUAAUGACCAAAGGGAUAUUCUUGGGGCCGCUGAAACUGGUAGCGGUAAAACAUUGGCUUUUGCUAUACCUAUUUUAAAUGGUAUUUUGAAUGCUAGAUUGUCAAAUAAAGGAUCUGAACCUGAUUCAGAAUCAGAAUCAGACUUGGAUGACUCGGAUUCUGAAGCAAAUUCUCUUAGUGGUGUCGAAGAUGUACCUGAAAUGAUGGAACUUGAUGAAAAUGGAUUAGGCUGUGUUUCAGUUAUAAACUUACCAUCAAAUAAUAAACAUAAUAGUAAUAAAAAGCUUUGGGCUAUUAUACUUGUCCCCACUCGUGAGUUAGCCAUGCAAGUUCAAAAGCACAUAGAAGAUAUAGCAAAAUUAAGCAAAAUUAGUGUAGCAGCUAUUGUAGGGGGUCUAUCAACUGAAAAACAGGAACGAUUAUUAAAAAGAGGUCCAGAAAUUGUUGUUGCAACUCCGGGUCGUCUUUGGGAAUUAAUACAAAGAAAUGAGCCACAUUUAAGUCAAAUUAAUAAGGUUAAGUAUUUUGUAAUUGAUGAAGCUGACCGUAUGGUUGAAACAGCACAUUUUCCAGAACUCCAUCUCAUGCUUGAAAAAAUAAAUUUAAAAAGAAAUUCUAAACGUCAAAACUUUGUGUUUUCAGCAACAUUGGCUAUGGUCCAUAAAGCUCCUUAUAGAAUGAAUAUUAAAAAUAAAAAAAAGAAGAAAAACCUUACACCUGAAGAUAAACUUAAAAGUUUAAUAGAAUUGAUCGGAAUGAAAAAUCCUCAUGUAAUAAAUCUAACGGAAAAUAAUUGUGGUAUUACUAGUACUGUAAAUGAAAUGCAAGUAUUAUGUUCAGUUAAUGAAAAAGAUUGUUAUUUGUAUUACUUUUUGAAACAGAACCCGGGAAGAAGUUUAGUAUUUUGUAAUAGCAUAAGUUGUGUCAAACGAUUAGCCAGUGUAUUUAGUACUCUUAAACUAAAUCCAUUACCUAUUCAUUCUAAUAUGAUACAGAAACAAAGGCUUAAAAAUUUAGACAAGUUCCGUGCUAAUGACCGUGGAUUGUUGUUAGCUACUGAUGUUGCUUCUCGAGGUUUGGAUAUUAUCGGUGUCAACAGUGUUAUACAUUAUGAUGUUCCUAGAACAGCAGAAAUUUAUGUUCAUCGCAGUGGUCGUACAGCGAGGGCUUCAAACACUGGUUUGUCGUUACUCAUUUGCACUCCAGAAAAAAAAAAUAUUUAUCUUAAUGUAUUAAGAACAAUGAAAAGGGACAAAGAACUACCUAGGUUACAGGUUGAGCAACGUAUUCUUCGAAAUUAUUUUACUUGUGUUAAACAGGCCCAAGAAAUUAGUAUGUUAGAAGAAAAAGCAAAGAAAGAUACAACUUCAACAAAUUGGUUCAGUAAAGCCGCUGAAGAAAUGGAAAUUUUAUUGGAUGAAGAUGAGCUGCCAAGGAGUAUGAGUAAAACUGAACUUGAUCAGCAUAAAAAAAUUCUAAAUUCUAAACGUAAGCAUUUAGAUAAGAUUUUGUCAACAAUCAAGUAAUUCUUUUGUUAUUCAGUUAUCCAUAAUAAAUGGUUUUUUUUUUUUUAAAUAUAGUUUAAAUUAUUAAAGUUCUUUUUAAGUUAAAUAUAUAGGUAUAAUUAUAUUAACUAUCAAAUUAGUAUAAGUACACUUUAAUGUUCUUAUUUUAAUAUAAUCAUUUCUUUUUUAAAAAUUUGAUUUUGAAUUACAUUGCUAAAUUUAAUUUAUAAUAACUAUUUAGUAAUUCAAAAAGGCUCAAACAACUCAAUGAUUUACUUUGAAAAGUAGUGCAAUAUGUGUUUAUAAUUAUCUAUAAUAUGUAUGGUAAUAAUUACUCCGAAAAACUCACAAGGAAUAACUAGUUUAAAGUUUUAUCUAACCC